AUGGCUCGUGGCUUCCUUCUCUUCCUCUUAUUCUCUUAUUUUAUAUCUAUAAAUAUUCAUGCCUGCAACCAAAUUGAACGCUGCUCCCUCCUGUCCUUUGCCUCCACUCUCUCUUCUCCUCCUUUAAAUUGGACAUCCCUUGAUUGCUGUCACUGGAAGGGCAUCACUUGUGAUCAAGAUGGUUGGGUCACCCAUUUGCUCUUACCUUUCAAAGGGCUCAAAGGAGGUAUCUCUACCACUUCACUUAGAAAUUUCACACAUCUCACCCACUUGAACCUUUCCCACAACUCACUAUAUGGUUCACUUGAGACUCAAUUCUUGUUGUCUUUGAAUCGUCUUGAAAUCCUUGAUUUGAGCUAUAACUAUCUUUAUGGGGAGCUACCACUUUCUCUACCAUCCAGAAAAAUUCGGAUAGUCGAUUUGUCGAGCAAUCACUUCUUUGGUGCAAUUCCAUCUUCAUUCUUCCAACAAGCAAGCAACUUGACUAGUUUCAAUGUCAGCAACAAUACCUUCACAGGGCUAUUGGACUUUUCUUCCAAUCAAUUCGGUGGCAACCUUGCUCUUGGGCUAGGGGAGUGUUCUGAACUGCAGGUUUUUCGUGUUGGUCACAAUAAUCUUUCAGGGUUACUUCCAGAAGAUAUCUAUAAUGCUACCAAACUUGAAGAAAUUUCAUUACCUAUCAAUUCACUACAUGGAGCCAUUAGUGAUAAAAUUGUCAACCUCACGGACCUUAAAAUCCUUGACCUCAACCUUAAUCAAUUGAGCGGCGAGCUUCCUCUAAAUUUGGGGAAGCUCUCCAAGUUGAAGUUUUUGACCGUUGAUUUCAAUAAUUUAGAAGGUACUAUUCCCACAUCUUUGAUGAAUUGCACAAACCUUGUAGAACUAUGUUUGGGAAUCAACAACUUUGAAGGAGAUAUCUCCAUGCUUAAUUUCUCCAGAUUUAGUCAACUUACAAAACUUGACCUAAGGUACCUAAAAGCCAUUGCAUUGACUAGAAAUCAUAUAGAGGGACAAAUACAAAUUGAGAUUCUUUCAUUGAAAUCCCUGUCCUUCCUCACCCUUGGUUACAACAGAUUCACCAACCUCACAGGCACCAUGAAGAUAUUGAUGAGUUGCAAAAGUCUUCAUACACUCUCGCUUGUUGGUUCCUUUGUAGGUGAGGGAAUGCCAUUUGAUGAUGGCAUGGUUGAUUUUGACGGAUUCCAAAAUCUUCGGGCAUUGAAUAUGGCUGGUACUAACCUCACAGACUUAUCUAACAAUAACAUUUUUGGUGAUAUACCUACUGAGAUCGGACAAUUGCACCUUCUCCGCCAAUUGGCUCUUCACUCCAACAACUUCUCUGGCGUCAUUCCAGACCAAAUAUCUAACCUACAAAAUUUAGAGGUUUUGGAUCUCUCCAUGAAUCAUUUGUCUGGAAGAAUUCCAUCGUCGUUGGCGAGCCUUACUUUCUUGAAAAAAUUUAAUGUCUCGUACAAUAAUCUUGGAGGACCAAUUCCAACAAGCACUCAGAUCCAAACUUUCAACACUUCUGCCUUUGAGGGGAAUCCAAAACUUUGUGGUGCCCCACUUCCAAAUAAGUGCGGAUCAAAUAAGGGCAUUGAUGAAGAUGACACAAACAACGAAGACCUGGACAAUGAGCCUCAUCAACUUCUAUGGUUUUUUAUUUUCACUGCGUUGGGAUUCAUAGUAGGAUUUUGGGGAGUAUGUGGUUCUUUAGUUGUUAACAAGACAUGGAGAAACGUAUAUUUUCGAUUCAUCGACAAUAUACAAGAUAGGUUGUAUGUUAUGGUAACAGUGCGCAUCAACACGAUGAAAAGAAGGCUUAGAGACUAG